UCUCUCCAUUUCUGCAGCAAAUUCAACAAAAUGAAGCAAAAGAUAGUGAUCAGAGUAUCGAUGAAGAAGGGGCAGAAGUACCGCAGCAAAGUCUUGAAGAUUGCAGCAUCCGUCUCAGGUAAUCAUCAAUUCAUACGGAACGUUGAGAAAAUAAGCUUGGAAGGUGAGGACAAAGAUAAACUGGAGGUAAUCGGAGAAGUGGAUGCGAUCGAACUCACCGAUCUGCUUCGAAAGGGCUUCGGUAGCGCACAGCUGGAGUCGGUGAGCGCGGUCGACGGUAAGGAUAAAGACAAAGAUAAAGAAGAGCCCGGGAUUUGCUGGACCAACGCUUGGGGUCUACCUUAUCAAUCCUAUUGCAAUUGCUACCUUCAUCCUUCCUCCUCCUCCUACUAUACCAUAUGGUAAACACAGCCACAAUUCUCCGAUUACGAUUCCUCAAAAUCUACUCGAUUUUUACAUGUAUAUUUGAAUUUAUAAUACCUAUUUUGCCAUA